CAGCCUGCCAGGAGGUCCCGCGCCAUGGAGGUCGCCCGCGACUACGCCGGAGUCCUCUUCAGGCCCCUGACGUUUGUGGGAUCACAGACAAAGAAGGUGCUCCUCACGCCACUCAUGCAUUCAACGCGGCCCUUCCGCGUCUCCAACCAUGACCGCAGCAGCCGGCGCGGGGUGAUGGCCAGCAGCCUGAAAGAGCUCAUCAGCAAGACCCUGGAGGCUCUGGUCAUCACCACUGGACUGGUCACGCUCGUGCUGGAGGAAGAUGGCACUGUGGUGGACACGGAGGAGUUCUUCCAGACCCUCGGGGACAACACGCACUUCAUGAUCUUGGAGAAGGGACAGAAGUGGACGCCGGGCAAGUACCUUCCAGCUUGUCAGCAGCCCAAGAAGUCAGGAAUAGCCCGGGUCACCUUCGACUUGUACAAGCUCAGCCCCAAGGACUUCAUCGGCUGCCUCAACGUGAAGGCCACCAUGUAUGAGAUGUACUCCGUAUCCUAUGACAUCCGCUGCACGGGGUUGAAGGCCGUGCUGAGGAGCCUGCUGCGGUUUCUGUCCUACACCACCCAGGUGACCGGCCAGUUCCUCAUCUACAUGGGCUCCUACAUGCUCCGCCUGCUGGGUGAGACGGAAGAGCCGCUGGCUCGGAAGGCCCACUCCAGGGGCCGCUUCAACUGCGGAUAAGCGGCGCGCGGGCGCCGAGAUGGAGUCGCCGCCUCUCACCCGCUGGUCCUUGAAGAUGCUUUCAUGUCACCUACUCCCACCUCCCCGCGUGUCUCAAGAGCUGCUGGUCACGGCGGUCCGGGGCUGGGGCCAAGUGAAGGAAGGGCGCCGGGUGGUCUGAGAUGGAGGCUACAGCCUGGAAGGGAAGGCGGGGGAGGGGGCCCCUCUUGGGGGUCAUGGCAAGGGACUAGGCGGCAGCUGCCUCAGGCUUGUUGGGUUUCUUCUCACCUGCUCUAAUAAAUCUGUGCCGAGGAUCACUGCAUCUUGUGUAAUCCUCCCAGCAUCUCCACCGCCUGCUAAAAUGGCCAACACGUGCCCGCGCUGUGGCAUAGCAGGUAAAGCCGCACAUGGCACCCCCGUGUAGGUGCCUG